AUGACAGCACCUUCAAAUGAGCAAUUAAGAUCUGUUUGGAACUCUACAGUGGAUUGGUAUAUAAGCACAGCUGAAACAUUAACAAGCUCUAUUUAAACUUCAGCGUCUCUUUUAGAAGUUAUAGGAUAGCCUCUGACUUAUGGAAUAAUCAGCCCAUUAAUUAAUGAUCGGAUAGCUCUCUGAUUACAUAUGAAAAAUUUAAUUUUUUAUUUUAUGUGAAUUUGCUAAUUCUACAAUUUUAUAUUUAAAUUGCGUAGAAUUUGUUAAAUAUAUAGAUAUUCAGCUCUCGCUAAUUGAGGCUUUAGGAUAUAUCAUUCCCUUCUCCCAGUCCUCAACCUCAAAAAUGCUCACAAAAUUGCUGAAGCUGCAUGUGGAUCAGGAAAAGGAAUUUCUAUCCUCCUUAGCUAUCUCCCUCCAGAAGCCGAAGUAUGGGCAAAUGAUUUAAGCGACUUAAUGAUAGAAAAAGCUUUAGAAAGGCAUCUUCCUCGAACCCAUUUUAUUCAAGCUUCAAAUGAUGCAUUGCCAUAUGAGGAUAAUUUCUUCGACAGAUACAUAUACCCAUUAUUUAUGAAUUUUUCCAAUAAUUAACUAAAAAUCCUAAUGAUAAAAAUCAUAAUAAUCCGAAAUAGCUAAUUUAUCAUUAAUGCUGGUUCCUGAUGCUAAUACAAUGUUAAGAGAAGCUUAUAGGAUUUUAGCACUAGGCGGAAUUGCUGUAUUUUCAGUGUGGGGACGACGAGAAAAUUGCACAUCUGUAGGACUAUUAGACAAAGCAAAUUCAGAAAUAGCUGGAGAAGAUAUGUAUCCUGCUAAAAGGUCGCCUUUUUAUUUAAAUGAUCAAGAUGCGCUUAAACAGAUGGUCAGAGAUGCUGGAUUUAGCAAAACUUAUAGUUAUUAUACUGCAGCCCCACAAGGACCUGUAGGGGUUGAAGAAAGCUUGAAUUUUUUUUCGCAUUUUCCUAAAGAGCUGAUAAUGAAAAGCCAAAAUGAAGAAACUGAUAGUAGGAUUCUUGCAAGGCUGAGAGAAUUGGUAUCAGAAAUUAGUGAAAGAGAAGAACUUUUGAUGUUUGAAGCUUUAGUUAUAGUUGCUCAUAAGUAA